CCAUUUUACUUGAACUGAUACUCGUGCGGUGCGGAACUCUUGUGUUCGCUUCCCUCGCGAAUCUUUAUCGCCCGCGGUGGCCGGCUUGGACCCGAUUAAUUCGAUCGAGUUCAUCAAGUCGCGUACAGUUUCUGUCGAAUGUACGGAGAAAGCUGCCCAAUCUCGCGGUGAUUUCGCGCGCCCGUCGUGCAGUGCCAAGGCGAGAGAAGAAGACAGAGGAAGGAAGAUGGUGAUGGUGCCAGCGGGCCUCGAGAGCGAUAUCGUCGCUGCGAGGUAGCGCCGUGUGCGCAGCCAGUCCGCCACUACUUGAGUUUUGACGACUAAUGUCCAACCAAGUGUCGACACAAGUUUUUUGAGUUUUAUCCCAUAGUUUUUCAAAUAAGUUUUGAAUUGUGCGUGUUUUAAAAUACUGUGCGCAAUUGUGCCCCAGGGGUUAUACCCCGACGAUGCCCAAUGGUUGACCGCCUUGUAAAGCGUGUUCGGGGACGCUCCAUGCGCCGCGGCUCUCAUUGCUGUUAUUAUUACGCCCGCGACCAUGCGAGAAAAGCAGUGAAUUUUGAUCAUCUUGUUGAGGUAGACGUCGAGGUAGUGUUGUUUUAGUGGAGUUACCCCAGUGUAUACGUGCGUGCGUGCCUGCGUGUGCGUGCGUGCGUGUUCUGCCGAUCUGUUAGUACGGAGAGUAAACAGCCCUGAGAAAAGCUAACCCGCGGAGACAUGGCCGACCACCUAGUGGACGGCCCGCCGAACAAGCGGACCAAGCUCGCGGAUCCUUUUCAAGGGCCCUCAGAUUCUUCAGUGGGUAUGGCGCCUCUAAUGAUGCACCAUGCUUAUACAAACUACGGGGGAGGUGGCAGUGGUAACAUACAACAAAUGCAGGGCCUGCCACAACAACUACAUCUGCAACAGCAACAGCUGCAGCAACAUUGGAACAACCAUACUACGCAGAAAAGAAAUUAUAUGACAAACACUGAUAUGUUUGAUCUCGAAAAUGAACUUCCUGAAGAUCUUCUAUCGUCUGGUUCCUGGGGUUCUACAACUGAAAGUGCGAAACCUCCUGCCACUGGUCCCGGUCCAGGACAGCAGAAUGGAGCACUUGACAAUGAACUUCGACAGCAUGUACAACAACAACAAUUGUCUCAUCAUCUCAUUCAGCAACAGGGAAAUAAAAAUAUGGUAGCAAAUUCGUUGGUUAUGGCUGCUGGAAGUUUGGGCAGUAAAAGUCCAAAUAUGCAGUCACCUCCUAAUGUUUCGGUAUCGAAAGGGGUAGUUGACCCACAAAUGGUGGUAAGUCUUGGUAAUUUACCAAGCAGCAUAGCAAGUUCACUAGCGAAUAACCAAAUAUCUAUCGCCAAUUCAAUGGGAGGACUUCAAUCAUCAAUGAGUAUGUCUGGAAAUAAUCCCACAAUGUCAAUGCCAGGUGCAAUGAACUCUGGUUUAGUCAUGACGAGCAGCGCUACAGGGAACAAUAAUAUGGGUGGCAUGGCAGGCGGAGGUUUAAUUGUUGCAAACAGUUUGAAUAAACAACCUCUAAAUACGGUAUCUAUGAUGAGUUCCAAUGCCCAAGGAAUUCAUCAUCCUGGUGGACCUCAUGGAGUCGCUCAAAUGCAGAAUGGACCUGCAUUGAUGAAUCCAAGAGCUGUGGUGAUGCAACAACAGCAACACAUGGUUGGAGCUGCUAGAGGUCAAAGUCCCCAUCAACAAGUGCAUCAAGUUAAUAUUGUGGGCCAAGGUCCACGAAUGCAAACGCCGCCCAAUAUGGCAAAUAUGGGACAAAUGGGUGCUUCGAGUCCCUAUGGAUACAAUUCGCCUGGCAAUGGACCUGGUCCCAACGUCAAUGUGGGUACUAAUAAUCCGGUGGGUGUUGUUGCUCCCCAGCAACGUGGUGUAGGAACUAAUAUGGCUGGUAUGCAGGUGAAUAGAUUCGGUGGACCAGGAGGACCUAUUGGAUCAACGAAUGUUGUCGGUGGUCAAGAAGGUGGAAUGGCUCAACAAGCUCAACCACCAGCGCCAAGUCCGGCACAGCCGCAAUCGGGGGCACCGAGUGGCGGACAACCGGGCCCUCAACAAGCAACACAAGGCCAAAUGCCAACCGGACAACAACAAGGUGCUACACAAUCAACCGCCGAUCCCGAAAAACGAAAACUCAUUCAACAGCAACUUGUUUUACUUUUACACGCCCACAAGUGUCAACGACGUGAGAGUCAAUCGAAUGGCGAAGCAUGGCAAUGUUCUCUACCUCACUGCAAAAUGAUGAAAAAUGUGCUAAAUCACAUGACAAAUUGUCAUGCUGGCAAAAGUUGUGCGGUACCGCAUUGCAGUUCUUCGAGGCAAAUCAUCAAUCAUUGGCGAUUUUGCACGAAAGCCGAUUGUCCCGUGUGUUUACCACUAAAACAAGCGGACAAAAAUAGACAUCAAAAUUCUGUUGCAGUCACUGUACCUCAACCAACAACACAGCCCAAUCCAAGUCCAUCGGACAUGAGGAGAGCGUACGAUGCACUUGGUAUUCAAUGUCCAACAACCACUCCCAAUUUACUACCCGGUCAGACAGUUAACAGAGGCGUCAGACUGACUGGUCCCCCACUGCAAGCGCCUGGCACCAUGGCCGAUGUUCGAAUGGCACAACUUCAAACACAAACCGUACCGGGACAAUCUGUCAUUGGCGCCAAUCAACAACAAGUUGUUGCUCCAAACGUUUCUCUACCCCUGAGCAAGGAUCCAACUGCAGUCGCAGCAGCUGGCAAUCAAUCGACUCCAACCACUGGUCCAACAGCAGCCGCAGCAGCCGCCGCUGCCAACAUUCAACAAACAGUCAAUAUGCAACAGCUCUUCGGUUUAAAUGACUCCGGUCAGCCGGGAAUUCUAGCCGACAAUCGACUAAGCAACGUACAACUCCCUCCGGGUCUUCAAGCGGGACAAGUCACAGCGACGCCUGUUCAAGGGACGAAGGAAUGGCAUCAGUCAGUGACGCCAGAUCUCAGGAAUCAUCUUGUUCACAAGUUGGUCCAAGCAAUAUUUCCGACUCCCGAUCCACAAGCGAUGCUCGACAAACGAAUGCACAAUUUGGUCGCGUACGCAAGAAAAGUCGAGGGCGACAUGUAUGAAAUGGCCAAUUCAAGAUCCGAAUACUACCACCUGCUAGCGGAGAAAAUCUACAAAAUACAGAAAGAACUCGAGGAGAAGCGUCAAAAGCGCAAGGAACAACAGUUACAGCAACAACAGCAGCAGCAACAACAACAGCAACAGCCCGGAGGCAGUGGCGCCGGUCUCAGACCCUGCGCUCCACCCGGAGUCGCCGCAAACGUCCAGGCCCGACCCGUUGGAACCGUUCCACCAAACCUCAGGAGUCACUCCCCAAGCAUGGGACAACUGGGAAUCGCCAACAUCGGCAUGCAACACAAUCGUAUGCAAUUCCCUCAACAGCAGCAACAACAACAGCAGCAGCAAGCUGUGCAGCAAAUACAACAUCAACAACAACAGCAGCAGCAACAGCAACAGACCCAACAACAACAAAUGCUUGUCGGCCCAUCCGGACCCAGUCCAAACGGACAAUCCGCUUCCAAUCCGAACAUGGUAUCAAACCCCGGUCUCAGUCCCUUCGGACAACCUCAAAUGUCCCAAGCGAACUUGACCACAACCACCUCGUCAGUGACCACUAGUCAAUUCCCAACGACUAAUGGAACAGCCGGUCUGCCCAACAGUUCGCCUGUUCAAAACCAACAUCAAUUCUCCGACAUCAUGAAGGUCCGAUUAGCCCAAGCACAAGCUCAAGCGCAGCAGCAGCAGCAACAACAACAACAGCAACAACAACAGCAGCAGCAGCAACAGCAAAGUCAACAACAGACCCAGCAGCAGCAGCAACAACAACAACCGCCACAACCAACCAGCACCGCCAAUCAAACCGUCAACUCAACCUCAAUGCCACAAGCACCCUCACCCUUCAGUGGCAUGCAACAAAGCACCCAGAGUCAACAAUUCCAAAACAGUCUCUCAAUGUCGGCCUCAACACCCGGCGACAGUGGCAUCGCCGCCUCCACCCCUCAAACCCUAGCACCAUCCGCCUCAAGCGGUCCCAGUCCCGGACCCGCUCCCCUCACAAACGGCCCACAAUCAACAACUUCCACUCCCAACACACCAUCCGUUCCAUCACUAAUGACACCCAAUCAAACCACCUCAUCAGCCAACCAAACACCCCCACAUCCAGCCACAACACCAUCACCCGCCGGUCUCGCAAGCCUCGGCAAAGGAAUGACAUCCCAGGAGAGAGCCGCACUCAACGCCCCACGAAGUUCAUCAAUGUCUUCGCAAAUGGCCGCCAUAACCGCAGCCCUUGAUCGUGAUAAUUCUCCUAGUCCCCCAUCGAAUAAUAACAAGGGCAAGCUCGAUUCAAUAAAGGAAGAGAACAUCAAAAUGGAAAUAAAACAAGAAGACAGCAAUGAAAAUCAUCGUAGCGAUGGCGGCAAGGGAAGUAAUAGUGAUAUGGCAAUUAAAACUGAGAUAAAAACCGAGCCAAUGGACGAGGCAUCGGAUGAAAUGGCUGUCAAGGAUGAAGCGAGUGGGACAAUUAAAGAUGAACCAGUGACGCCAAUGUCGAGUCAAGACACAGCAACAUCGGAUAUUAAGCCUAUUGUUCCUGAACCAAUACAAUCGACUGGCACGUCGAGCGAUAAAAAGCGAUUGUGUUUAUUUAAACCUGACGAAUUGCGUCAAGCAUUGAUGCCAACUUUGGAGAAAUUGUAUCGACAAGAUCCGGAGUCAUUGCCAUUUAGACAACCCGUCGAUCCUGAGGCAUUAAAAAUUCCGGAUUACUUUGAUAUUGUGAAGAAACCAAUGGACUUGUCAACGAUUAAACGAAAAUUGGACACUGGACAGUAUAGCGAUCCUUGGGAGUAUGUCGAUGAUGUUUGGAUGAUGUUUGACAAUGCUUGGCUGUAUAAUCGGAAACCGUCACGAGUCUAUAAAUAUUGCACCAAGCUGUCCGAAGUAUUUGAACAAGAAAUUGAUCUUGUGAUGCAAGCUCUGGGAUACUGUUGCGGAAGGAAGUAUACCUUCAAUCCUCAAGUUCUUUGUUGCUACGGAAAACAAUUGUGCACAAUACCGAGAGACGCCAAAUACUAUUCCUACCAAAACAGUCUAAAGGCUUAUGGUGUUGUUUCCGAUAGAUACACCUUCUGUCAGAAAUGUUUCAACGACAUUCCCGGUGAUACCGUGACGCUUGGCGAUGAUCCCACUCAACCACAAACUGCCAUCAAAAAAGAACAGUUCCAAGAGAUGAAGAACGAUCAUUUGGAGUCGGAACCUUUCGUUUACUGUACAGACUGCGGGAGAAAAGUGCAUCAAAUUUGUGUACUUCAUAUGGAAAAUAUAUGGCCCUUAGGCUUUACCUGUGAUAAUUGUCUGAAAAAGAAGGGUCAGAAGCGUAAGGAUAAUAAAUUUAAUGCAAAACGAUUGCCAGUAACGAAAUUAGGUACAUAUAUUGAAACACGAGUCAACAAUUUCCUAAAAAAGAAAGAAGCAGGCGCAGGCGAAGUUGCAAUCAGAGUGGUGGCUUCCAGUGAUAAAGUUGUAGAAGUUAAGCCAGGAAUGAGGAAUAGAUUUGUCGAUAAUGGAGAUAUGCCGGGUGAAUUCCCCUAUCGUGCAAAAGCACUUUUUGCAUUUGAGGAAGUUGACGGAACUGAUGUGUGUUUCUUUGGUAUGCACGUCCAAGAAUAUGGUAGUGAGUGCACAUCGCCAAAUACGAGGCGAGUUUACAUUGCUUAUCUCGAUUCGGUGCAUUUCUUCAGGCCUAGACAAUUUCGUACAGCGGUUUAUCAUGAAAUUCUUUUGGGAUAUCUCGAUUACGCUAAACAAUUAGGAUAUACAAUGGCUCAUAUUUGGGCGUGUCCUCCAUCGGAAGGAGAUGACUAUAUCUUUCACUGCCAUCCGCAGGAGCAAAAAAUUCCUAAACCGAAAAGGUUACAAGAAUGGUACAAGAAAAUGCUAGACAAGGGCAUAGUUGAAAGAAUAGUUCUCGAUUAUAAGGAUAUCCUGAAACAAGCAAUGGAAGACAAAUUGACCUCUGCCGCUGAAUUACCUUAUUUCGAGGGAGAUUUUUGGCCUAAUGUUUUGGAGGAAAGUAUAAAGGAACUGGACCAGGAAGAGGAAGAGAAACGAAAGGAGGCCGAGGCUGCUGAAGCGGCAGCCGCAGCGGCAAAUAUUCUCUCAAUGUCCGAAGACUCAGAGACUGGUCCAGAUGGCAAGAAGAAAGGCCAGAAAAAGGCGAAGAAGUCAAAUAAAUCCAAAGCAAAUCAGCGAAAAAAUAGCAAAAAAUCAAAUACACCCCAAACGGGAAAUAAUCUUUCGGCGAAAAUUUUCGCUACAAUGGAUAAACAUAAGGAAGUUUUCUUUGUAAUUAGGCUACAUAGCGCUCAAAGUGCAGCGAGUUUAUCCUCUAUACAAGAUCCAGAUCCAGUUAUCAAUUGUGAUUUAAUGGACGGACGAGAUGCUUUCCUCACAAUGGCAAGAGAGAGACAUUAUGAAUUCUCAUCUUUGAGACGAGCGAAAUUCAGUUCAAUGUCCAUGUUAUACGAGUUGCACAAUCAAGGCCAGGACAAAUUCGUUUAUACUUGUAAUAAUUGCAAGAGUCACGUGGAAACUCGAUAUCACUGUACUGUUUGUGAUGACUAUGAUCUGUGUAUAAGUUGUAAAGAAAAGACUGGUCAUCCUCAUCAUAUGGAGAAGCUUGGUUUGGAUUUGGACGAUGGUUCAUCACCUGACGACGCAAAACAGGCCAAUCCUCAGGAAGCGCGCAAGCUCUCAAUUCAAAGAUGCAUUCAAUCUCUGGUCCACGCUUGUCAAUGCAGAGACGCGAACUGCCGAUUGCCAAGCUGUCAGAAGAUGAAGAGAGUUGUGACACAUACAAAGGUGUGCAAACGAAAGACAAAUGGUGGAUGUCCAAUUUGCAAACAACUUGUUGCCUUGUGCUGCUAUCACGCCAAACAUUGUCAAGAAGCGAAAUGCCUCGUACCCUUCUGCUCCAAUAUUAAGCAUAAAUUGAAGCAACAACAACUUCAACAACGACUUCAACAGGCUCAGUUACUCAGGAGGAGAGUGGCUGUGAUGAAUACGAGGCCGACGGGUCAAAUGGGUGCGGUUCAAAGUGCUCAGCAAAGUUCGAAUACAAAUAUGACGACUGGUGUUGCCAUGAAACCAGGAAUGAGUCCAACGAAUUUACCAUCUCCCCAUCAACCCGGCGUGGGAUUAAAACCCGGUACACAGACACCGUCUGCACAUGUUCUCCAGGUUGUUAAACAAGUCCAGGAAGAGGCAGCGAGACAGCAAGCGCCACAUGUCAGCUAUGGUAAAGUAUCACCAGGAGUCGGUGUUGGCGUCGGUGUCAAUGUCAACGUUGGAGGUCAAGGAGGCAAUGUCAUGCCACCACCUCAAAUGCAAAGGUCAAUGCCAGUUCAAAUGCCGAAUCCCAGCGGAACACAUCUCAUAUCCAUGGAUCAAUGGACACCUAGGUAUCAACCGAACACGGUUAUGCAACAAAAUCCCGGUUUGAGACAACAAACACCUCAGCAACUGAUGCAACAGCAACAGCAGCAGCAACAACAUCAAGGCCAAACGGGAAUGGGACUUGCCGGUCAGAUGCCACGACAAACUGGCGUUCUUGGCGGUCCUCUCAGUCAAGUUGGACCUGGCGGUUCGACAAUGCAUAAUCGAGCCUAUCAACAACUCAUGGCCACACUAAAGAGUCCCAAUACACCGGAACAACAAAAUCAAAUACUUCACAUACUCAAGAACAAUCCAUCCCUAAUGGCUACAUUUAUAAGACAACGCCAGGUACUUGCUCUUCAGCAGCAAACUGGUCAGCAUGCUGGUGGAGUUGGUCCACUGGGUCCUAGUCAGCAGCAACAGCAGCAACCUGGCUUGCAGCAUAUGCUGUCGCAACAACAACAACAGCAACAACAACAGCAGCAACAGCAACAACAACAUCAUCAACAACAACAGCAGCAACAGCAGCAGCAAGGUAGAACGCAAAUGAUGAUUGGACAACAGCAGCAACAACAACCAAGCCAAGGACCCAGUGUACAACAACAACAGCAACAGCAAUGGUAUAAACAGCAGCAAAUGUUGGUUAUGCAGAGACAGCAGCAAAUGCAACAGCAGCAACAACAACAACAGCAGCAGCAACAGCAACCUUUUACACAACCACCGGCACCGCCUUACGGCCAACAGAGGCCCAUCAGGCCACCUUUAAUGAAUUAUGGUGGUUUCAAUGAGCAAGGCUACGGUCAGCCGGGUCUUAAACCAACACCACCUCCUGUGCCCUCUCCGCAAGGUGUAAUGGGACCACCAGGAAUUUCGGUGCAGCAACAACUGAUGCAGUCGGUUCGUUCACCACCGCCAAUUCGUUCACCACAACCGAAUCCCUCACCUCGACCUGUACCGUCGCCGCGUAAUCAACCAGUUCCUUCACCGCGUUCUGGUCCUGUACCCUCGCCACAUCAUCAUCCACCACAUGGAACGCCAACUCAUUCGCCCGCACAUGAACUAGGUGGCCCUAGUGAAAUGAUGUUACCCUCCGGUCAUCCUCCCAAUAUGCCGCAUCAUUCAUCGCCAGCACCCCCACCCACAAGUGGCACAGACUCGAGUGAAAUGCCGCAAAUGACGCCACAAGACCAAUUAACAAAGUUCGUAGAAAGGUUGUAGUGACAAUUAGUAUCAUGAAAUGAUUUUAAAUCUUUUCUGGCUGUUGCCAUUUAAAAAAAAAAUGAAAAAAAAACAAAGCCGUUUUUUUACGAAAUAAACGGCUUCGCUGCUCACGUUCGAGGUGCCUGAGAGAGAGAUAGAGAGAGAGAAAGAGAGAGAGAAAGUUAUCGCGAUGAGAAUUAUCUCUAAACUUCUCCCCUAUCCUAACACACUAAACGGGGUAUUCGAUUGAGCGCGAAUUUAUUGUAGAUUUGUAUAUCAAUGAAAAAAAAAAUCAGGGAUGUAAUCCAGAUUGUGGCGUUCCACUGCGCGCGCGAUCUUUUACUAUACCAAUAACUCUACUCUAUUUAUUAGGGUGCGCGUUUUAAUUCUCCGAGCCAUUGGAACGAUAAAAAAAAAAAAAUAAAAAUAGAAGGCAAAGGACAACUACUUAUAAAAAAAAAUACAUUGUGUCGAGAAUGAACUCCAGACAAUGUCCUUCUAUCUUUGCCCCCCUCUCCCUCCCCAGGGCGGCAAUCGCCCUUAACAAAGUUCCAUGCGUUCCUGAUUUAUACUUGUGGUCCGAUAAAUCCGGCAUAAUCUCGAUAUAUUUUUAUAUUAUUCAGAAUAAGAAAUAUAUGAAUAUAUCGAGAUUAUUAGAAAAUAGGAGAUCGAAAGACUAUUCCUUAUUCCCUUCCUUGCUGCUGCUGAUGCUGCUGCUAAUCCUCCUUCUCGUGCAGGCUAAGUGAAAUCGUACAAAUGUGUUGUGUAUACUUAACGUUAAUUAAUAUUAAUAGUUCAAAUACUACUGUAGCGAAUAUGCAGUUAUUACCAUUAUUAUUAUUAUUAGAAAUUAUAAUUAUUGAUAAUAAUAAUUAUUAUUUCGAUUAUUAUGAUUAUUACAAUGAU